AUGGGGCCAGGGCGGUCACCCUCUAUCACUCGGUCGCGCGGAAAUGGUGGGGAUGGCGGGGCAAUCGAUCGCGAUAUUGACUUUGACGAAAAAGUUUUUGGCGUGCCGGAAACAUCGACGCAGAGGAUGGCCCUAUAUGUACACCUUCAGGUAUUACAACUCCAAGCCAGACCAGAGACAAUCUGCGAGAUGAUCGACCCAAUACAAGGUCGUCUAAUGGAACGAUUGUCCGCAGCCACAACUGAUGGAGCAGGAAUCAUCCAGAUUAGCUCUGAUAAGAAUUUGGCCAGUCUUACUCAUGACCUUCGAAGUCUUUUGUACGACGGAGUUGCGCAAUAUACUCUCAUCUACUCCAAAAUUGACACGCCAACGCCGCGAAGCCUUUCUCCCGCCGCUUUCGUUCUCCUGAGCCGUGAUAAAGGGUGCUAUGUGGACAAUGUCUGGAUCGAACGUGGUCAGACGAUUUGGAUUCAAACCGAGGCCAAAGUCACAAUAGGUAGCAUGUUCUUAGCCAUCAAGCCAGGUGCGAUAUUGCAGAACGAAUACCUGGGCGACUCCGAAAGGCUCUACCGCACUAUAGUUCAAAAAAACAGCGAAUUAAUUUGCCGUGCCUGCUACGCUGCCUACCGAUCAAAGACCGGUCUUACAGGGCAUUUCAAGCGCAUCAACCACAUCGGGGAUCAUCGUGGUCUUCAAACAGCAGAGAGACACGGAGUUAGCGCUAGUCUGACUCAGUUUUCAUCGGCCUUUUCCAGGAAAUUUGAGUUUGGAUGGCGAUUGAGACUUCAAGCAAGCCCGGAAACUAUCUGCCAGGUGACAGACCAGAUACAGGAUCGCUUGCGGGGGCACUUGAGAUCUCCCGCUGCCAGCACCCGCACGGAAAUUAACCGGAUUGAUCCGGAUGACGACAUGAAUGAACUGACCUCUUGUCUCCGAAACCUCGUAGAUCGCAAUUCGAAUUACCAGUAUGCUGUGAUAUCUGCGACUAAGGACACCGACACACCCCACGAUCUCUUACGUGCCGUCUAUAUCCUUCUGAGCCAUGGCCGCUCAGUAGAAAAACUCGAGAUGGAGCGCGGAGAGGCAAUUUGGAUCCAGAAAAGCACUAAAAUUGCUAAAGAUAUGAUGUUUCUAGUCAUCAAGCCCCCCGCCAUACGAGUUGAUGACUGCAUUCCAUCAUUGGUAGAAUUGGAUGAAUUUUAUCGGACUUUUUGUCUUGGAUGGCAAAUACCGGUUGAAGACAUUCCAGAAAAGGCUGAGGUCUUCUAUGCUGAGUCCCUGCUCAAAAAUGGUGCGUCUCCAAGUCGAUCAUUAAUGGACAGCUAA